AUGGCUGACGCCGCUCGCUGGAAGGCGACCGUCUUCGUCGGCGGACUCGCGCCCAUGGUCACGAGCAACCAAGUUCUGGACGCCUUCAUCCCCUUCGGCGAGAUUGUCGAGGUUCAACUUCCCAAACCGGACUCGCGGAACUCGACAGAUGCCCACAGAGGGUUCGCCUACGUCGAGUAUGAGGAUGUCGAUGACGCCAAGGAAGCCAUCGACAACAUGGAUCAGUCGGAGUUCUUUGGUCGCAUCCUGAAAGUCUCACAAGCAAAGGCGCCCAAGAGCGCAGAAGAGGGCCUGGGCAGCAAGAAAGCUAUCUGGGAGCAGGAGGGAUGGCUGGCCGAGCACGCUGGGACGCAGGAGAAUGGCACGACAAACGGCCAGGACCAGCCGGUGGACGACGCUCCAGAUCCCAUGCAAGGACUAGAGGGACUGGAUGUUGCCGGGCCAAAGCCGGCUUAG